AUGACCGCCUUUGACUUUUCGGACGUGGAGGCUUUUCUGGACAGCCACCCGGAUCUGUUCGAGGAGUAUCUGGUCCGGAGGGCGAAAUGCGACCAGGUGAGCAGGUGGCUGAAGGAGCACCAGCCGUCCAAAGUGUCCGCAGCAGCCGUGGAGAAGCGCGGCGCCGCCGCCGGCGCGGCUGAGCCGCUCUGGCCGAGCGGCGGUGACGCGCUCCGGCGCAGGUCCUCUCACAUGGAGCUGCGCAGGAGCUUCGCCCGCUCCAAAGCCACCACCGCGCACCGCACAUACGACGAGCACGUGAGUCUGAGCGAGCACGACGAGUCCCAAUCCAGCAUGAGGCGCCGCGCGCUCCUGCGUAAAGCCAGCUCGCUGCCUCCGACCACCGCGCACAUCCUGAGCGCACUGCUGGAGUCCAGGGUCAACGUGCCACAGUACGCGUCCAGCGCCAUCGACUACAAGUACAGGCUGAAAGAAACCAACGAGCGGGAGUUCUUCCUGGAGCUGGUGAAGGACAUCUCCAACGAGCUGGAUCUGACCAACCUGAGCUACAAGAUCCUGAUCAACGUGUGCAUCCUGGUGGACGCGGACAGGUGCUCGCUGUUCCUCGUCGAGGGACCCGCUCAUAAGAGGACGCUGGUGUCCAAGUUCUUUGAUGUGCACUCAGGGACCACGGUCAGACCUUCAUCCAGCACUCUGAACUCCAAUGAAGUGCAGGUGCCGUGGGGGAAAGGCAUCAUUGGUUAUGUGGCAGAGCACGGAGAGACCGUGAACAUCUCAAACGCAUAUGAGGACCACCGCUUCAGUGAUGAAAUAGACAAGUUAACUGGCUACAAGACUCAGAGCAUCCUUUGCAUGGCCAUCUGCAACAGUGAUGGAGAAGUCAUCGGUGUUGUUCAAGCUAUUAACAAGAACCCAAUGGGCACCCCGUUUACAGAGGAUGACGAGAAGGUGCUGCAGAUGUAUCUGCCGUUUUGUGGAAUAUCGAUCUCCAAUGCAAAGCUGUUUUCGGAGUCUCGUAAGGAAUAUGAAAGGAGCAGGGCCUUGCUGGAGGUGGUCAACGACCUGUUUGAAGAGCAGACCGACCUGGAGAAGAUUGUGAGGAAGAUCAUGCAGCGAGCGCUGACGCUGCUGCAGUGCGAACGCUGCUCCGUGCUUCUUCUGGAGGACAUCGACUCACCUGUUGUGAAGUUCUCCAAGACGUUUGAGCUCAUGUCUCCUUUGUGCAACAUGGACAGAGACAUCAGCAUGGAGAAAUUAUCCUGUUCCGACUGGCUGAUCAAUAACAGCAUCGCUGAGCUCGUGGCUUCCACAGGACUGCCUGUUAACAUCAGUGACGUCUGUCAGGACCCACGCUUUGAUGCUGAGGCAGAUCAAGCCUCAGGGUUCCACAUCAGGUCAGUGUUGUGUGUCCCCAUCUGGAAUCGAACUCAUCAAAUAAUUGGGGUCGCCCAAAUUCUGAACCGCUUGGACAGGAAGACGUUCAACGAUGCAGAUCAGAGACUGUUUGAGGCGUUUGUGAUAUUCUGUGGACUUGGGAUCAACAAUACGAUGAUGUACAACCAAGUUAAGAAGACGUGGGCCAAACAGUCAGUGGCGCUGGACAUGUUGUCUUACCAUGCUACUUGCUCCAAAGUGGAAGUUGACAGACUUAAGGCUGCUAAGAUCCCCCUGAGCAGCGAGCUGGGCAUCGACGAAUUCCACUUCAACGACUUCUCUCUGGACAAUGACGCAAUGAUCACAGCUUCGCUCAGGAUGUUUCAGGAACUUGGUGUGGUCCAGAAGUUUAAGAUUGACUAUGAGGUUUUGUGCCGCUGGCUUCUGACUGUGAGGAAGAACUAUCGAACAGUGGCGUAUCACAACUGGAGGCAUGCUUUCAACGUGUCGCAGUGCAUGUUUGUUAUGAUCACGACAGCCACUUUCCAGGAUGUCCUGUCAGAUGCAGAGAUCCUGGCGCUGAUGGUUGGCUGUUUGUGCCACGACUUGGACCACCGAGGCACAAACAAUGCGUUUCAAGCCAAGACCGGCUCGGCUCUGGCUCUCCUCUACGGAACGUCAGCCACCCUGGAGCAUCAUCACUUCAACCAUGCUGUCAUGAUCCUACAAAGUGAGGGUCACAAUAUCUUUGCAAACCUCAGCUCCAAAGAAUACAGCAACAUGAUGCAACUCUUGAAGCAGGCGAUCCUCUCCACAGACCUUACUCUGCACUUUGAGCGCAGAACAAAGUUCUUUGAGUGCGUUCUGUCCAGUGAAUUCAGCUGGUCAGUGGAAGAACACAGAGGACUUCUCAGAUCUAUGCUGAUGACUGCAUGUGAUUUGGGCGCCGUCACUCGUCCGUGGAAGAUAUCGAAACAGGUUGCGGAGCUGGUGACAAGCGAAUUCUUUGAGCAGGGAGACAGGGAGAGGUCUGAGCUGAAACUAACCCCAGCAGCCAUCUUUGAUCGUGAACGCAAAGAUGAAUUACCUGCCUUACAGCUGGAAUGGAUUGAUGGCAUCUGCAAACCUCUUUAUCAGGCGCUGCUGAAGCUCAACAGGAAGCUGCAGCCGAUGGUGGACGGGAUAAAUGCCAACUGGGAGAAGUGGCAGGAGCUCUGCUUUUCCAGCCAGCGAACGCUGCUCAGAGUCUCCGUGUCCAGUCAGAGUACCGAUCCGGUCGAGUCCAGCGAUGAAGCAGAAACCACCAAACAGUCGGAGACAACAGAGAAAGUGAACCGUGUCAAGAAUACAAAGUUUGGGUCAAAGUCUGAGUGCGGUGAAGUUUUAAGAUUUCGAGCAAAUAAAGAAUCAGAUGGCGGCACGACGUCUGCAGGGGAAAAGUAG